ACAACUGUACCAUAGUCUACUUUCAGUACAAAGCUCACACCACUUUCAUCAUCCAAAUAAGUCAAACCCAGCCACCGAACACCAAAACCUCAUUUUUAAUAAUGGCAGCCCGCAUCACUCUAGAUUCUGACCAACCAACAAAACGCAAGAAAUCCAAACAUCCUCAUAAGUUCUUUCCAAAUCAUAAAGUUGAGGUAAGAAGUGUUGAAGAUGAGUUCCAAGGUUCUUGGCAUAUUGCCACAGUGAUUGAACAUAAAAACCAAAUUUGUGUAAUCAAAUAUGAUUAUUUUGAUGGUAUAGUUGAGUCCAUUCCUACCAAAGGGGAACCAUCUAAUAAUCCUAGUUAUCGUGGAAAACUAAGGCCAGUGCCUCCAAAUCUACUUCUUAACGAGAACUGUCUUCAUUACGGACAAUGUGUGGAUGUGAAACACAAUAAUGCUUGGUGGGAAGGUGUCAUUUUUGAUCAUGACGAUGUUUGUGAAGAAAGAUUAGUUUUCUUUCCUGAUUUAGGUGAUGAACUUAGGGUCCCAGUUGAGAACAUCCGGUUUACUCAAGACUGGGAUGCGGAUACAGAUAAAUGGAAGCUUCGUGAAGAUUGGAUAUUUCUUCAGGUCCUUGAGGAGCUCGGGUUUGAAUGGCCGCUUCUGGUUUCUGCUAGACAAAUUUGGUAUGAAACUAGGAGUAGGUAUCACUUUGUUAAAGAUAUGAUUGAGUGGACAUGUCCGGUGACUGAAAACUGGAAAGAAAUUGUCAAAGAUGUAAUCUUCGAUAACUUUUCUUUGACCAUGACAGAGUUUUUCAGACGAUUGAACUCCACAAAUGAUAAAAACAAAAACAUUUCCAAAUCUUGCUAUUUGUAUGAUGAAAAUGAUUUGGGUCCUCCUGGAUUUUCGAGUUUGAAUUCGAAUUCUGACACACCGGUGUCUGAUCUAUCUGAAUACUAUUGUGUUGCUGGACCAAACUUGGUUCCUCGGCCCGAGUAUCUGCCUGAUGCAGUUGUGGAGUAUUAUGAAGCAGUGAAUUCUGGUAAAAGGCACUCACUUUCUACAGUGGUUAAAGUUCGACAACAUAUGUUGUUUUUGGGUUGGAAAGUCGAGUGCAAAAGAAAGGCCGCUUGUCCACCAGCGAAAAAUCCAACCAUUAGAUAUCGUUACACUGACCCAAAUGGGAAGCGAUAUGGUUCGCUCUAUGAAGUUUGUAAGAAGUUAAAUGCUAAUUCAUCCGAAACUACUUUUUUGGGUUCAUUUGAUUCUCAUAAACAAGAUUUAAACAUGGAUGAAUCUUUACAUAUUCCACAAGCCGUGAUUGAUUUUUAUUUGUUGGCAUUGAGAGAAAGUUCUGAUUUGCAGAAAUUCAAGAAAGAGGCAAGGUUUAAGGAAAGUGAUUAUAUAUGUUCUGUUUGUCAUUAUGGAGGCGAAUUAGUACUAUGUGACCAAUGUCCGUCGUCAUUUCAUGCACGUUGUCUUGGACUAGAGGAGGUCCCAGAUGGCGAAUGGUUUUGCCCAUCGUGUUGUUGCAGAGUUUGUAAUCGGAACAGAUAUGAUGAACGCUGUGAACAAAGUAUGGAUAGUAGGGUUCUAAGUUGUGAACAGUGUGAGAGAAUAUAUCAUAUAGGCUGCUUGAAAAGAAGGGAAUGCUUGUCAAAGUUGGAGAAUAAUCCUAAUACAAACUGGUUUUGCAGUCCGAGAUGUGAAGAGAUAUAUACAGGCCUGCAAGCGAUUUUGGGAAUAUCAUUUCCCAUUAGGAAGGAUAAGUUGAGAUGGACUCUACUGAAAUACAAGAAGACUGAAUGCUGCAAAAAGGAUUUCUCGGAUAUAGAACAAUAUAUGAAGUUUUAUAAUCGGCUGAAUGCUGUUAUUAACGUAAUGCACGAGUGCUUUAAUCCAGUUAGAGAGCCUCUCACCCAGAGAGAUCUAGUUGAAGAUGUUAUCUUAUGUAGAAGGUCAGAACUGAACCGGUUGAAUUUCAAGGGAUUUUAUGCUGUUCUUUUAGAGAAUGACAAUGAGCUUAUUUCGGCGGCGACAGUAAGGGUUUAUGGAGGAAAGGUAGCUGAACUUCCUCUUGUUGGAACAACAAUUCAAUAUCGCAGACGUGGAAUGUGUCACAUUCUCAUGAACGAGCUUGAAAAGAAACUUGUGGGAUUAGGAGUGGAGAGGCUAGUUUUGCCUUCUUCAUCAAGUGUACUACGUACUUGGACCAAGUCGUUUGGAUUCUCCAUUAUGUCCGAAUCAGAAAAGUUGAACUUUCUAGGCUACACUUUCCUCAAUUUUCAAGGAACCACAAUGUGCCGUAAACUCUUGAUAACUGGUCAAUCUUCUAUGAUAAGCCCGAGCAAAUCAAUUGGUGAUGGUUCUGAUGCUAUUAAUGAAGUUGCUAUCAUAGAUUUGGAGGAUACCAAUGCCAUAUCGAAAGUGUGUAAAGAAGAACAAAAAGAGGGAUGUGCGAGAAAUGAUAAAUGUUUUCCAGGUACUUGUCAAGGCAACGGGGCUGAUAAUGUGUGUGACUCACCAUCAGCUGAAAUCUUGCUAAAUGAACCAAUUCUUGCGGGAUGUGAAACCAUGGAGUGUUCUUUGAACAAAGACACGGGUUAUAGUGACUGCAUGGUCCUUCCCAAAUGCUACCAGCGUAAGAAGAUAGCUGCAUGUGGAAGGUAACUCGAUUAGUAGUUUGAAAAUGUAGAUAUAAGUUAUAGCUUUCGCUAGUCUUUUUUGGAAACAGUAAAAUGUAGUUUUUGUUUGUGUAGCAUGGGGGUAAGGUGGAUAGGAAGGGUUUAACUGCCCUUGCCCUUCUAAAUAUAUGUACAGGUGAGAACAGGUUCUAUAAAACUAGUGUCACAACCCGAGCUCUUUAUUUUGGAAAUGCAAUGGAUACGGGUCACGGAUGUAUGACCUGUAUGCAAAUGCAAAUCGGUGACUAGGCAUAUAUUUAGAGCUCAAAUUUUGGAUUUUAAGUAAUAUAUAUGAAUUAUUUAAAUCUUUGCGAUUCA